AUGGCGUGGGCCAAUCCUGUUAGCAUAAAAGGUCCUGCGGAAUUUACACAUGGGUGGCUGCUCGUUGGAUGUACGCUCAACAUUCUUCUCCUUGGCGUGACGUUCGUGCAGGUCUACAUGUAUUAUAACGAGUACAAAGGUGACCGGCCAUGGCUCAAAAUCCUGAUCGCCUUCAUCAUGUUUCUCGACGUUGUUAAUAGUGCCACUCUCUCUGCCUUUCUCUACCGAUCCCUCAUUAUAUUCUUCGGGAACAAUGAAGCACUUACUAUAGGGGAGUGGAUGCUUGGCACUGGAGCUUGGACGACGGCCGUCAUAGCAAGCGCUGUCCAAUCGGUGUUCGCGUGGCGAAUAUACCUGCUCACGAAGAAGUGGAUCUAUCUCGCGAUAAUUUGGUUUCUGGCUAUAACUGGUACUGCAGCAGGCAUCGCAACCGCCGUGCAAACUGGAAUCCCUCUCCCUUUCUCCGAGCUUCGCGACACCGAAGCAACCGUGACGGCCUGGCUUGCCUCAGAAGUGGCUGCAGACAUCAUCAUCACCUCCGUCCUUCACAAACACAAGACGGGUCUCGAACGCUCGGACAUGGUUAUCGAUCGCAUUAUACGAGCGACACUGCAGACGGGACUCCUCACGAUGAUCGUGGCCUCGCUCGACCUUUUCUUCUUCCUGUUCGACUCAACAGGAACACAUUUUAUGUUCACUUUCUUACCCAAACUCUACGCCAACUCUCUCCUGAGUAGUUUAAAUUCACGAAGCGGUUGGAAAUUCGGUGGCAUCAGCCACGCCGGCGUAGGAACUAACCAAGGGAUUACGACGAGUUGGGUAGAAAGACAGCUUCGCGUUUCAGUGCUCCCAAGUCAGGUCGAGGCUCUGGGCGAAGCCUCCCGGAUCCGAUUCGAGUUGCAAGAGCCACGACGCGAGGUCGAAGUCGUUGAGACGGUGCGCGGCAGGCCUCAUCCGAUGCUGCAGGUUUAA